AUGAGAACACGUCCCUCGCGCAGGUCGACGUUUGCUGCGAAAAAGGCGGACAUCGUCGUACCAGUUGAAGACGUUCAGGGAGCUCGCUUGCCCAAGAAGUCCAUCAUGUCGCCACCAAGAGCAUCCCGGGCAGGGGCGAUCAAGCCUUCGCUGUCAUCACCGAAGUAUGCGAAGGGUGAAGCAGCAAGGACAGUGAAUUUUCCGGCCAAGCCGGUUGCCCUCGUGAGGAUGAAGUCGCACUCGGACCACUUCCUGAGCGCUUUGGAUAGACCAUCUCCGCGACCCCGCAUUGGGCGACCCAGCCAGCAAGCUCCGAACGCCGCAGACGACAUACUCACCGACCUCCGAGGCCUGACGAACGCUCCCGACGUGCCAAGGUUCGACCCAUUCAGGCCACCAUCAAAGUUGGAAGGCAGCGUCGGCGCGUCGGGCAUCGGUUUCACCACAACUGCUGUCUCGCCACCCAAACGCACGAACCAGAAGCGCCUGUCAUCGUUUCCAGGGAUGACCCGAUAUUCCGAGACAACAGAGAACGCGCCUAAGCGACUUGUAGUAUAUUCGAACCGAGAACAGACCCUGGAACUGCAGAAAAUUGCUGCAAUUAGCAAUGACAGCAGCAACAACGAGGAAGAAGACGAGAUUGGCAGCAGCAACGAACUGCGUGCCACGCAGCUCGUGCAAAAAGCCGGUAGCGGGCCAUUUAAACCCGCCAAGCCGCGGCACGUUGCUCAGUCGGCUCACGGUCGGAACGGCGUGCUGUUGUCUCUGGGCGCGCAGCUGGUGUGGCAGUGCGGCUAUAGACAACACUUGCCUGUGGCCCGCUUCGCCGGCUUGCCCUGCACAAAGCUCCUUUGUGCUCUUCCCGAGAUGUGCACCACCGUUGAAGGCACAGCCAAGCACAUGGACACGGGCGACGCUACCGGCAGGAGUGCUGACGGUUACGUGGUGACCGUUUCGUCCGAGGCGGCGCAACUCUUCCAUGACGACGGCAGACCGCGAGAGUUCGCCCCGGGAGCAGUUGCCAAGGCCAUGGCAGGACUGCGAGACCAAAGGAAGAUCCGUCAGUACUGCGACGUCGUGUUCCGCGCGGCCGACGGUGCGGAUAUCUGGGCACAUCGGUUCGUACUGUCUGCCAAGUUCUCGGGGUGCUACGCUCUCUUCACCCUCGCCAAAAAGGGCAUGAGUCCGGACCAGACGCAGAAGGACGUGUGGACGCCGCCAAUCCUGGUGGUGAUGGAAGAUUUGGACAGCGACAUGAUCGAGCUGCUCAUCGACUUCGCCUACCACACUCCGCUGCACGAGCGCAUCGGCCUGCACAACAUCGGCAAGGUGCUCGACCUCGCCGAGAAGCUCAAGAUAUUCCAAAUACGGGAUCACUGCCUGAGUACCCUCAAGAAGAACCUCGAUCCGGAAAGCUGCAUCAACAUUUACCACCUGGCCUCCAGCCGUGGCUACGAGCAUCUCGCAGGAGAAGCGUUUCGCUACUUGGUGCGGAACUUCGACGAGGUGUGGAAGAACACCACCCAGUUCCACGCACUGACGCCAGAGGAACUGCGCACCAUCCUCGAAGAUGACCACCUGUACGCUCCCAGCGAGGUGGAGGACACGUUCGGCGCCAUACUCAAGUGGAUCUCGGCCAACGUGGAUGAAAGGAAGGCCUACCUUGCCAAGUUCCUGCCGCUCGUACGCUUCUCACGUUGCUCCGUCACAGACUUCGAGAAAGUCAUCGGCAACCCACAAGUCGUGGAUGACGGAGACAGCCUGAAAGUGCUGAACGUGAUCCGCCAGACGCUCAACCAGCAGUCCAUGGCGGUUGGCGUAGUGGCCGGCGUUGACCUAUCCCCGAAGCUGUGGCUGACGCCUCGCGUUCCCAAGGACAUCCUGUUUCUCUUCGGUGGCUGGACAGUGGGGGCAACCAACAACAUGCUCACGUACAACUGCCGGGCAGCCAAGUGGCGCGUGAUGGGGAAUCAGUACACCUCGCCCAGGGCGUACCAUGGAGCGGCGGUGAUCAACCAGUGUAUCUACUUCGUGGGCGGCUUCAACGGCCGCGAGUGCUACCACUCGGUCGUCUGCUUCGAGGUGCCUCUCGCGAAAUGGAGCGCCAGGGCUAAUAUGGCGUACGCACGCUGCUACGUCAGUGUCGCCGUUCUCCAGGCAAGCACGGACAAGGAAACGCAGUCAUGGGGAAACGCCUCAAAAGCUACAGGAAGCGCGCAGUCUUCCACCGCGUGCUAUGCACCGGGGGAGUGGGGAGGGUUCGUCCUACUCGUGCGGCAGCUGCGUAUGGCGCGGCUAAGUGCUGCCAAGUGA